GGCGGGCGGUGAGUUGAGUUGAGUUGAGUAGCGGCGCGAUGCUGAGGGCCGCAAUGAUGGCGCUGGCGCGGUUCAGGCCCGCAGCUGCAGCGGGCAACCGCCGGGGGAUCCACCGCAGUCCCCGCCGGCACAGCACCGGACCCGAGACCGCCGGGCCCGCACCAGCGCCAGACCCCGAGCUCCUGGCCUACCUGGUCUGCCCGCUCUCCCGGCGGCGCCUGAGGUACGAGGAAUCCACCAACCAGCUGAUCAACGACGAGCUUGGAAUAGCCUAUCCGAUCAUCGACGGUAUUCCCAACAUGAUCCCGCAGGAGGCCCAACGAAUCCAGAAAAGUGAAGAGGGCAGCAAGGAGGAAGAAAGCUCCCAGCAGUGAGGGGGGUGGCUCCUGGGAUACGGGAGGGGUUCGUAGAGACGGAGAUUUGUGUGUUUGAACCACUCCGCCAGCUGUACCAUGAUGUCAGUGCACCUCUCGACUCUCACAGUGCUGGUUCCUCUGCUGUCUCUCGGCGGCUUGCUGUAUUCGGCGAUGUUCGACAAGGAUUUCCCCCGGGGCUGCACCAGUGCCGCCAGUGUGUGCUUCUACAGCCUCUUGCUCCCCAUCACCAUCCCCGUCUACGUGUUCUUCCACCUGUGGAACUGGAUGGGAAUCAAACUCUUCAGGCACAACUAGUCCCGUCUUAAAAACACUCAUCUGUUCCAGGGCGGCAGCCCUGAGUUUACGGUCAAGAACUUUACCAUUGGUUAGUCGUGUUUAACCCCUUGUGUGCGUGUUCCUGGUGGUGGGGAUCGAAGAUGUCCUUGAGACAAGGACCUGCAGAUGGGCUGGAACCUUGAGUGCUGGAGUAACUCAGUGGGUCAGGCAGCAUCCGUGGAGGGAAUGGACAGAUGAUGUUUCAGGUUGAGACCAUUCUUCAGACAGACUGAGACAUUGCUCAUUCCCUCAGAUGCUGCGUGUCCUGCCGAGUUCCUCAAGCACGUUGUGCUUUAACGAUGUCCUUGGUUGACUCGGUUCUCGAUGUUGUGCGGUGUUUGUUUUCCGUCUUUCCCCAUGUUCCCUAGUAUUGUUGUCAGUCGAAGUCAGGGCAUCUCAUGGCCCUGUAAAUCUUACUCUUGGUCAGAUGACCAUGUGUUGGACCCCGCAACCCUAGUCUGCGUUUCCACUUGCCCUCUGCUCAAUGACGAUUCGUAUUCAGCCUGAAUCAAAAGAUUGUGGAUUCUUGCCCCUUAAUUUCAGCUGCCACUUCUAGUCCAUAACCGAGGGGGUACUCAGUGAUUUUGUCUGAAAUCUCUGCGUCCUCUUACAGUAGAGAGAUGCGAAGCCCCCUACUUUGAAGAGCAGCAGAGUUGUUGCCGCCCUGCCCCCAGGUCGAAUAUUUAACACUCAACAAAAACAUCACCAGAACUUACGAUCAGAUUUCUAUUGCGUUACAUUUUGUGGGAUCCUGCUCUGCACUGUUGCCAGCCAGGUCUUCAUUUCGGUGCCAGUAGAGCAGGUUGGCAUGUCCGGAGGGGCAAUCCCUGGGGAGGUUCCCUCACUGUGGGCAUGCGAAGGGACAUUGAUCGUCGUGGGAGGCCUUGGGCUCAUUUCCUUGCAGCAGAUUGUCACAAAAACCAUCAAGCAGUCAACCAUUCUAAUAUUCCUGUAGACAUCACAAUCACACUUGUUCCUGCUUGCAGUGUUCACCGUUAAAUAAAAAGCAGUUUGACGCAA